AUGGAUUCGCCACACCCACAUGUGCUCCUUGUAACGUUUCCCUUCCAAGGCCACAUCAACCCGUCCCUCCGCUUCGGCAAGCGGCUCUUGAGUAUCGGGAUCGACGUCACCUUUGCCACGAGCAUCCACGCUCGACAACAGAUGGAGAAAACUGCCAUCGGCCCCGCCCCCAUCGGCCUCUCCUUCGCCCCCUUCUCUGAUGGCUUCGACGAUGGGUUCAACUUGAACCAAGACGACCACAAGAGGCAUAUGACCGAGAUAAAGAACCACGACUCUACAUGGCCCGAGAGUCCCAAAUCCCCUGCGCCCAGCGCCCUCCUCUGGAUCCAGCCUGCCACUGUUCUCGACUUGUACUAUUACUACCUCGAUGGCGCGUUUGGCGAUAUUAGCAGUGUCAGGCUGUCGGCGCUUCCGCAAAUUACCUUCUCCAAGAAGGACCAUCCUUGCUUUGUUUCUCUUUCCACCUCGGAUAUGUACAAUUUAGUGCUCCCGACCUUCAAGGAGCAGUUCGACGCGCUGGAUGCCGAGACGAGGCCGAAGGUUCUCUUCAACAAGUUCGACGCGCUCCACUCCAUCGAGCGCUACGACGUGAUUGGCGUGGGCCCGCUCGUGGACGCUGAUGACCGGCCCUCGUUUAAGGGCGACCUGUUCGGGAAAUUCGAGGGAUGCAUCGAGUGGCUCGACUCGAAGCCUAAAUUGUCGGUCGUGUACGUCUCGUUCGUGAGUCUCCUCAGGCAGACCGUUCCUGUGGGUGGCGCGGCCGCCGUCCGGGGAGGAGUCGAUAGGGUGCGUCGUCGAGGAGCUUCGGGCGCUGGGGAAGAUUGUGGAGUGGUGCCCGCAGAUGGAGGUGCUGAGCCACAGAGCUUGUGGUGCGGGGUGCCGGUGGUGGCGCUCCCCGUGUGGUUGGACCAAGGGACGAACGCGAAGAUGAUUGAGGAGGAGUGGGGGACUGGGGUCAGGGUGGGGCCCGAGGAGGACGGGAAGGUGUCGGGGGAAGAGAUCACGAGGUGUAUCGAGAGGGUAAUGGAAGGAGGGGAGAAGAUGAGGGAGAAUGCGGCCAGGUGGAAGGGUCUGGCAAGGGAGGCCGUGGCUGAGAAUGGAUCUUCGUAUAGGAAUUUGAAGGCCUUUCUUCAAGAAGUUAGAGUUGGGGCAUUUGAAUAA